AUGGCAAACGGCGACGCGUCCGACAUUUCUCUAACUGAUCAUGAUACUCCCCCAGGGACUGUUCUUCUUAUCAAAGAUGAUAUCAGGGACGAGGCUGAGGGACGGCGAGAGAUCGUCCUCAGUCCAUUACCGUCCAGUGACCCUAACGAGCCAUUGAAUUGGAGCACUGCACGCAAGGCAUGCAAUUUCAUGCUCGUACUAGCAGUAACGUGCCUGGUCUUUACCGCGCUCUCUAUCCAACAGAUCUUCUGGCAGUUGAUGGUGGUCGAUUUACACGUUACUUACCCACAACUAAACAAUGCCAUGUCAGUCAACUUCGUCGGACUCGCCAUGGGAUGCGUAUUGUUCAUUCCAUUCGCGAAAAAGUUUGGCCGAAGACCAGUGUACCUAGCCUCGACCGCGUUGAUGCUCGUUACCUCCUUUUGGGCAGCAGAGAUUAGCACCCUCGCAGAGCUGUAUAUCACCAACCUCUUACAGGGCCUCGCUGGGGCAACGAAUGAGGCUAUUGUCCAGAUUACCAUCGCAGACCUCUUCUUUGUGCAUCACCGUGGCGGAAUGAAUGCGUUAUACAUGACCAUGAUGAUGAUUGGGAGCUUUCUCACCCCUAUGGCUGCCGGGGCUCAAGCGACAAGACAGGGCUGGCGAUGGUCCUACCGUACUUUGGGUAUCUUCAAUGCGGUUCUCUUUGUACUUUUUAUCGUCUUCUACGAAGAGUCAAAGUAUACCGCUGCCAUUGAAGGAGUCACGCCUGCCGCUGGGCCUGCGCAGCAAAUUCCAACCGAUGAGAUGGGCAACAAGGCACCUGUCAAGGACGCCACCAGACUUCAGGAGCGUAGGGCGAGUAGCCCUCCAUUAGACCACAUUAUCCCUAUGAAGACAUGGGCACAGAGAUUGUCCUUGGUAACUUACACACCAGAGCCCAUCUGGCCAUAUUUCUAUCGCCCCAUCGAGAUCCUGUUCACAUUCCCUGCAGUCCUCUGUUGUGGUCUGCAGUAUGCAUGCGGAGUGAUAUGGCUUACAAUUCUGUCAAGUGUGAUCGCUCUCAUAUUUCCCCUUCCACCAUAUGAGUUCACCCCGGAGCAAAUCGGUUACAUGAGUGUUGGUCCGUUUGUCGGUAAUUUGAUCGGCUCGUUUUACGGCGGCUUCCUUGGAGACUGGUCAAUCAAAUAUUUUUCUCGACGGAAUUCCGGAUACUACGAGCCAGAGAUGCGCCUGUAUAUCCUACAUCUCCCGGCAGUUGCCCUCUGCGGUGGUCUCAUUAUGUUUGGAGUAACCGUUGAUAAAGGCAUGCACUGGAUUUUACCCAGUAUCGGGGGAGCGCUCUUUGGCUUCGGACUCGGCAGUAUCAGCGAUGCAUGUCUCACGCUCGUCAUCGAUAGUUACAUGGAGAUCACAGGUGAUGCGUUCACGGGCGUGGCUUUCCUUCGAAAUGCUUUUAGCAUUGGGAUACCAUUUGCCAUUAGUCCUUGGAUCGAACAUAGCGGCUUGACCAAGAUGUUCGUCGCCUGUGGGUUUAUCAGCCUGGGAGUCACCAUGACAUUAUUGGGCAUGGCCAUAUACGGCAAGCGCAUUCGAUCUGCGACCGCGAAGCGAUACCAGGAGAUGUCUGGCAGGAGUGGUUGA